AUGCCAAAAACUCAGUUGCCGUUUAUGUUUACGAAAUGCGGGACGUGCGGCAGGGCUUAUGACAGCGAUAUCACCGCAUUUUUGAGCUGUACAGGCACAUUGGGAUGUAGCAUCUGUUUGGAGUCAAGCCCUGCAACUUCACUUAAAUUCUUGAGCGAUGAAAUCCGCAAUCAACCAGGAGUUAUUCAAGGGUAUUCCGGUUAUGAGACGAUCGCCAAGCAACUUAUACCUCUGGGCUGCCACUUCUGCGAGACGGCCCCUGUAUUUCAGUACGUGUUACGUUGUGGACAUCGCAUGUGCAAGAAGUGCACGGCUAAGAAUGAAGUAUUGGAAUGUCUGUUUUGCAACACCCGAGGCCUUGCUGAACCAGGAAGCUAUAUCCUCGCCUUUUACUGCCAUUAUUUCCAUACUGCAAGCCAGCUGGGGGAAGGGAAUUGGAAAAUUGUUGCUGUAAGUAAAAAUUUGCCACGCAUUUCGAGUCAGUUUGAAACGGUUAAAAGUCUUUAUUUUGCCAAUGCCGAAGGCGAAAGUCCAGCAGCUCGUCAACAAAGUGACCCGGAAAGCGCCGGACCGCAGGAGGACCCACCAACUCCUGCUAAACCGGAAAGCAUCAAGGUAGCAGCUACAGAAGCGGCUACAACUGUCAGCGGAUCCAGCAGUGCGGUUUGGAAGGGCGUUGCUUGGAUUAAAAAGAGCUUUGGGCUUGAUGGAACCGCGGCUCAAGUUGCGGAAACUGAAGAGCCGGUUCAAAGUCCGACAAUCCCAGAAAAAGCUGAGGUUCCAUCGGGAAUUGCAACUGCCGAAAUGGAGGUGGCGUGUGAUGCCAAAAAAUACUUCCCAGAGACUAGCGAGCUUGAACAAGAACAGAAUCUGGAUGCCGGAAAGUCGCUAAGUGAAUCGGCUGAUCCAGAAAAUCCUGAAGCGCUUCGCGCCGUUCAACUAACUGUGGACGACACAAAAGAUACUCAAGUCUUGGCUGAGGGUCAGCAGCCGGCCAAGUUUGCUCCAAAUCCAAGGCCAAAGACCGGCAAAGGUAUUCUUGAGGACUCCAAAGAUUCAGGAGCUAAAAAGGACGAUCUCAAAGCCAAGGCAGUUGAGCAAGAACCAUCGAAGCUCGAGUUGUCUGCAUCAGAAAAAGGUUCUCCGAUUGCAGUUAAGGUGCCUUCUACCCCUCUAUCACCGAACAUUUCGCGAAAUGAAAGGCGACAACGUCAAAAGCUUGCCGAAGAUCUGGCUGAUAAAAAACAGGUUUUUCCAGAAACUGAGAAAGAUCCUACUCCAACCGCUACAAAGCCAUCUUCACGCGUAAAAAAUUUGCCACUAGAAACCGAGCCCGGCGCCACGAAUUCGAGAAAGACUUCGGUUUAUGCUACUGAAGUGAAAAUUUCGCAAGCAUACGAGGAAGCUGAGGUCAAAACAGAGUCGGCCGGAGAAUCCUCGACCAGAUGUAAGAGAUUGUCAAGCAUUUCCGAAGGAAAACCCGAUGCGAAAAUCCCUGCUCCCGCUGGACAGGAGAAAGAGGACGAGAGCCAAGCACAGUUCACGACGUUGAAGCAGAUGAUGCCGUCAAAAAUGAAUCCGACACUGACGCAGAUUCUGACGCUUCCGAUUUCGGGGAUGCUUCUAGAGCAGGCACAAGAUUCCGCAAACAUGCUGAUCACCAAGCAACAGAUUACUGGUGAAAUUGAAGAAGCGGAUGAGACAUCAAUGGAAGCCUUGCCGCAAGAUUCGGAAUCCCGCCGAGAGGCUGAGACAACUAGCAAUACGAAAACAAAAGAAGAAGCGAAAAUUAAAUGCGACAAAUGCGAUCAAGAAGAUGAAGCGGAAAUGUUCUUCCUUUGCAAGGAUUGCGAAGUAAUUGUCUGUGCACUUUGCGGUAUGCUAGCCCACAAAAUGCAUGUUACCCGACAGCUCGCUAUAGCAGACCUCGAAGGCCUGGGCGAAACCUGGGCUGACGAUCUGAAACAGUUUUAUGAAAGUCUGCGCAAAACCAUCGCUGUGAAACAAGAGAACACGAAGAAGGCCAUGAGAUUGAUCAUGAACUCAAAGGAAGAUGCGCUGGACUGUGUCGCCAGACAACACACUUCAGAUAAAUUAACGGAAGUUUUUGCCCGAAUUGAAGAGACCUCAAUACUAUUUGAAACUUGUUGCAACGAUCAUCUGGUGGUUGAGGAAAACUUCCGCGCUCAGCUGUUAACGAUAAAUGCCCAACUUGCUGAAAUUUUCCGUGAAUUUCCGGCUGAA